AUCCAAUAUAAAUUGAUAAAUAUUUAUAACUAUAUAAGUAUCUCUCUCGUGUGGAUCCUCAUCAUCAUUUCAUGUGAAGCACAAUCUGAGAGGACACAACAAAUUUAGAUCCAUCAUCGAUCUCAGCAACAUAUAUAUAUACACAGCGAGCAACCAAAUUAAAAAAAAAAAAAAAGCCAUGGGAGAUCAUCAUGAUUUUAUCAAUUCAGGAAGCUGGUGGAAAGUAUCUUCUUCUUCCUCAACAUCUACUUCAUCUUCCAUGAGAGCAAGCUCGAUUGAAUCUGGUGGUUCUGCUGUUUUCCAUGAUAAGCUUCAUCAUCAUGAUCAUUCAUUAGCUACUCAUGAUCAUCAACUCCAGAUGAUUGGCUUAGGGCUUUCUUCACAAUCACCUGUUGAUCAAUGGAACCAAUCUCUCUUAAGAGGAGAUAGUAAAGCGGAGACAAGCUUCGGAGUGAUGCUUCAAGAGAAUCUCAAUUUAGAUUCGACCUCAAACGCAAACGCUAACACAACGUCAUCCACAACGUCUUACCAGCUGCAAGAAUCCGAUUCCUCUCACCACCAAGCUAUGUGGCGAGAUCCACAGAUCAAUAACAGCGAUUACAAACCGCAGAAUAACAUGACGAGCAGCAAUCGCGGGUUCUUCUUAGAUCAUCAGUUCAGCCCUCACGGGAGCUCAAGUACCGACAGUAGCACAGUGACGUGUCAAGGUUUCGCUUCUGACAACAACAUGUACGCAGCGACAACAACAACUCCUAACUCCUCUUCAUCAGCUAUGUUUCAUCAUCAAGCAUCUGGUUUUAAUCUACCUGUCUCCUCCGAUCAACAACAACCGUCGAGGAAUCAUCAGCAAUCAAAUCUUGGCUACUCACAGUACGGUUCAUCCACCGGAAACUACGACCAGAUGGCGACGGCGUUACCUUCGACUUGGUUUUUAAGAUCUUCGCCGCCGAAACCACACAGUCCCUUGAGAUUUUCUAACAACGCAACGUUUUGGAACCCUGCGGCUGCGGGAAACGCGGGUUUUCCUCCUCAUGACGUGUCGUCGAACUUUUUCCCGGCGUUACAGCCACCGCAGAUUCACCCGCCGAGUUUUGACGAACAACCAAAGAAUAUAUCGGAGAUUCGAGACUCGAGUAGCAGCGAAGUAAAGAGAGGUGGUGGAGAUCAGCCGGCGGCGAAAAGGGCUAAGAGCGAAGCAGCGUCUCCGUCACCAGCUUUCAAGGUGAGGAAAGAGAAAAUGGGGGACAGAAUCGCUGCGCUCCAACAAUUGGUUUCACCUUUCGGAAAGACUGACGCAGCCUCAGUGCUCUCUGAAGCCAUUGAAUACAUUAAGUUCUUACACCAACAAGUUUCAGCUCUGAGCAACCCAUACAUGAAAAGUGGAGCUUCUUUACAGCAUCAACAGAGUGAUCAUCAUAACAAAGAGCUAGAAGUAUCAGAAGAACCAGAUCUUAGAAGUCGAGGUUUAUGCUUAGUGCCAGUUUCGAGCACAUUUCCAGUGACACACGAUACUACAGUAGAUUUUUGGACUCCUACAUUUGGUGGGACUUUUAGAUAGAUCGAUAUAUAGAUGAAAAAAGUUAUAUUAGUUGUUGGUUGACGUAUAUUAAAACCUAUAUAUACGUUGAUUGCUGAUAAAAAAAAAUUACCGCAUUUUAAACCAAGAGGAAAGAUAAAUUAUUGGACAAGUGAAACGUGUUGUCCUUUUAUAUUUUUUAGAUAUAUAACUAAUUUUUAAAAUAAUAUGUAAUUGAAGAACUAUGCACAUCUACAUGUAGAGGAUAUAUAAGAGCUGUUGAGUUUCGAC